AUGAAGAACAGGAAGGAAUUAGAAGAGCCCAUUAAAACAUUGGAGGAUAAACAUAAACUAACAGGAAAUAAAAAGACAUACAUGGCUCUAACGGCUCAACGUAAAAUCUUGGAGACACUAGAAACAAAUAAAGUACAUAGAAGUUUAAUUAAGACCAAGCAAAGGUACUGGUUUAAUACUCCAAAAGCUUUAAGGACCCUAUCGAAAAAAAUAAAGCAGAGGAACACUCAGAAUGAUAUCCAUCUUCUUCAAGAUGCAAACAGGAGCAGGGCUGGCCAAAGAGGAAGCGGUGGCAAUAGCGUGAGCCAGACAUACCCAUUUAGAAACAAGAAACUUCUAAUAUUACCAAUGAGUGAAGCAGACUUAUUCCAUAACCAACUGGAAGAGGCCUCAGAAGGUGAUGAUGAUGACAUGGCAUGUGGAGACCUAGGAAAUGGACUUAUUAGAAGUCAGAAUGAUAUUUAUGAAGUAGAAGGAGUAAAUGCAUACCCAAUUAAGCCUAGAAAGGGUUCAGCAAGAAAAAGCUUCAGUUUUUUUAUGCUGCCAAACAAAGGGGAAGAACAUGAUGCAGCAGUUUUUCGUUGCUCAAGAUGUAAUUGUUUGAAUGACAUAUCAGUCAGAAAGUGUGGAAUGAAUGGAUUUACAGCCUGCAGCAGACAAAACAGCUCAGAGUUGAACUCUGAAGGGUCAAAUGAAGAAUUAAGGCAGCAUCUUCAAGAAGCUGUAGAAGAAGUAGAAAUUUUAAGAGUUGAGUUGGAAGCCUCUCAAAGGCAACUGGAAGGCAAAGAGCAAGCAUUAAAAAUUCUACAGAGCAUGGCAGUAUUCGAUAAAGCCACUAGUCAUACUAAAGCAAUGUUUAAGAAAACCGAACAACAAAAGAGAGCACUAGAAAAGGAAAUCAGUGUUCUACAGUGGGAAAUCAAAAUUAAUCAGGAGAGAUCUAAAAAUAUAGAGGAGACCUGGGCAGAAAAAUAUGAUAGAAUAUAUUGUGAAAAUGCUGCACUUAAGGAAACACUUAAACUGAAAACUGAAGAAAUUAAAACACUGAAAUCUCAAAAUGAACUUUUGGAUCAACAGCACUUGGAAUUUCUUGCAAUGCUUGAUGUAAAACAGCAGAAGAUUAUUCAGGAGAACCUGUCUCUGAGUAAGAGUGGUUUCACAGAGAUUACAGGGCUUGAACUGGCAGUACUUGGAGCCUGUACAUGCAGUGAUCCAGAGGGAGUGCCAUGCUCCUGUGCCAAAAAGUUAGCAGCAACUCGAAAACAACUUCUUCAGCUCAAACAAGAGUUUGAACUUCUGAAAAAAAGUAAAGAAGAAGCUUAUAUAAUGGCAGAUGCUUUCAGAAUUGCAUUUGAGCAGCAGCUGAUGAGGACGAAGGACCAGGCUCUGAGACUCGCACAAAUGAAUAAUGUCUGCAAAAAGGAAACAAAAUUAUUAAACUGGAAAAGCAUGAAGGAGGAUGAUACUUUCAUGUUUCAAGGGAGCAAGAAAAGCUUGGGACAGAAAUUAAAAGGCAUGCUUGCUUCUGGCACUGAUAGUAAGAAAAUGGAAGAAUUCAACAAUCCUCAGGAAAUCAUCAGGAUGCUAAUAGAUUUGUUGAAUGAUAAAGAAGAGGCUUUGGCUCAUCAGAGGAAAGUUAGUUAUAUGCUUGCACGUGAUUUGGAAGAGAAGGAAGAUUGCUUACGGCAGAAUGAAGGAAAUAAACUUUCUGAAGGGCAGCUUGCUCAUAAGAUCAAUGGAAGUAAAAAAGAUUUAGAUCCUCAGUCAUCAGUUAUUCCUAUACAUUCAUAUUGCCAUACUUGCACUGCUCAAGACUGCUCCUGUUCCAUUUCCAACACCGGUACUAUGCAGCAUUCUGAUGGAGAAUCUGGAAUUUUAUGUUCCUCAACAUCUUUGACCAUGUAUUGUGAAGAAAAUGUGAACAAAACAGAAGAAAGACCUGGUAUGAGCUGAGAUAUAGACUGCUCUGUGAGAGAUAAAAGUGAACUUAAAGGGGAGGAUGGUAUAGAUGGCACGAUUCUUUAGCCUUCUUAAUAUUUAUGGCUCUGACUGAGCUUCAUGUGUGCUUUGAUUUCCCCAGUGACCUCACAUCAGAGAUAAAUCUGUGUGCACACUGGCAGUGUACGCACACACAGUUGCUUGUUACCUGGGGAGCCAGCAAAGAAGCCUUUUCGCAUCCUGGAGAUUUGCAUAAAUUAGAACUGGCUAGUAAUUCUAAUUCAGAAAAUAAAUAGUUUAAAAAUAAAAAGUUUAUUUUAAGCAUAUUUCACCAUUUAGCUUAAGUCAAUUAACUACAAACAUUGUCUUAAUGCUGCUUAGUAUAUUUUUUAUUGUGGACAUUUGUAAAAGACUUAUAAUUUUAUCUUCAUAAUCCUUUGAUAUCUUCUGUGAUGAGAUAGCUAGGUACAGAAAUUUUUGGAACCACUAUUUCAUGAUAAAAGGAUAAGGGUUCCAAUUUUUAGAGCCACCAUUUCAUGACAGGAUUUGUGCAGUAAGAUUAUCUAUAAUUUGGUCCUAUUCAACAAGUAGGCUGUUGUGUUGAUUACUCAUAGUUUGAUUACUGGUGAUUACUCCUAGUUUGAGUACUUUUCAGUCUUUCACAAAAUUCUGUGACAUGGGCUACUUUAAAACCCAGUUAAUCUCUGAGUACGUCAUGCUCUGCCUCUCUAUUCCCACAGUUCAAAGUGUUUUUUUUUAAAUGCCCCAAAUAAGGAAAACAAGUGAUAUUAGUUGUGCCAAAUCAUUAGCUUGUAUGCAGCCAUCUUUGUUAAUGCAGCUCAGGGUCUCCCAACACAGCAGAUCUUUGUGGUUUUUUUAUAUGACUUUUUUUUUUUACAUUAUAGAAACCUCUAGAUUUUUAAAAGCCCCCAAAUUAUCCUGUGAACUGACCCUGAAAAUACAGAGUAUUAAUAACAACGUAGCACAGCUCUCCAUUAUGGUAGCUACACUAAAGGUUAUUUUGAACUAUAAAAAUGUAGUGCUGCUCAGACGAUGAUGCUUUACCAUUGUUUUUCGUUUUAUUGAGAGUGACACUUUGAAAUUGUUUUUUUAACUCCUUUUGUUAAAAUCCCCAUGCUUUUGCACAGAUAAAGAUACUAGCCUUUUCUUGAGCAUAAGCUUAUGGAUGUAUUUUCAAACCAUUUUAAGAACUGGGUUAUAUAGCUGGUCUGUUGUUUGUCAAUACCGUGUCAUAAUAAAUAUGCUCCCUGAUGCAGUCUGAUCAGUUGGACAGAUGGUUAUUAAAAUGCAUCCUCCUUAACUGCAGAGGAACUUUAAAAAUAACUAUCCACACUGUUUCCAGCUCAUGCACUAUUUUAACACUAUUAUAAAUUUAAAUUCUAGGACUUGUGCUCUCAUAAAAAAUACAUAACCAGGAAAGGUGAAAAUGAUGGGACCUGUAAACAUUUCUUUUAGGAUCGUUGUGUGUAUAUUAAUUAAUGGCUAUUAAAGAAAUAAGCAUAUUUUUUUCAGUUUCACUAAAAAGACCCUGGCAAUUUCACCAGGUUUGAUCUUAAUCUGAUAUUUAAAAUCCUUGUUGAAACUAGAUUCAAAUCCUGGUUAUUGUUAAUCUUGGUUAACUGUGGUUUUGCCAUAAUACAUAGCUACAGUGAAAGGAGGACAUCCAUCAAUCCAUCCUAAUCAAACAGUCAAAUCCUAAGCAGAGUUCUUCCAGUCUAUUGGAAUCAGUGGGCUUAGACUGGAGUAACCCUGCUUAAAAUUUCACUGGAAGUCUCUUAAUGGUGCUUGAGGAAUAGUAUAUGUUAUGUCUGGGCCAGCCUUCUUGCGAAGCUUCACAGAACUCUUCAGUUUAUUGCAGUUGGUCCUAUAAAGUUAUUGCCUUAUUACAAUCUCAUUAAUAACACAUAGCAGGCAUAUUUUUCAAAACAGUUCUCUUAUAUUUUAGAUUAUAUAAACUGGGUUCCAAAGAUUUACUUCAUGAAUGUUCAAAACAUUGGGCAUAUCCCUCAGGGUUUUAAAACUACCCCCCCUCCGCCCUUGAAUAGCAGGUUCCCAUGUGUGUCAAAAUUCUCCUCUAUAUCAAGAAAAGUUUGGCAUGAGAGGGCUGCACUUCAAAAAUAACAAGUCAGCUUUGAGCAUGCAGAAACAAUGUGGUUCUCUGAAUUCUGAUCAUUGUAUACUUUGAGGGAAGGGGGUAACUUUGGACCAGUACAUUAUAUUCUCUAUUAGUAGUGCAUUUAAACUGAUUUUUUUAAAAAAACACCUUUUUAAAAAAGACUGCAUAACUCUUCAGAUUGCAUGGCAGAAGAUGAAACAGUUACAGAGAGGUCUUUCAAGUUUUUAUAGGCACUAGGCUUAUAUUAUUAUACAGAAAUUCAGUUCUUGAGUGCCAGUACCAUAAUUAUCAGAAUAUCUGGCUUGAACCACAAGAUUGCUAAGACAAUCAUGAAGUUUCCUAAAUUAAUGGAACUGUUUAAAAUGUUUGAUAUCAAAAUUAUUUGAGUUUCCUUUUCUAUGUAAUACUUUCCCAGUGCUGUGACCUUUUUGAUACUUUUUACUUAUUUAUGUGAAGUAAGGUGAUCAAAGCUUUGUUAAACGUGUUUCUUAAUGAUGAAAUGCAAUUAUUAUAAUCCUUUGUUGACCUACUUUUUUGCUUUGUGGGAAAAUACUGGCUUUCAGGAGUGUCUGUAUGUAUCCAUCUACUGUGUAACAAU